GAUGGGCCAUCUCAACGAUCAAAUGCAUCAGCUCACUGGACUUGACGAGCAUUUUGCCCAUGGCAUACCAUCAAAAAGGCCUAACAUCUCGCCUGGUCCGGAGCAUGAUUUCGUAAAUCGAAACGUACCACCCCCAGAUCCACGUCCUCCAGCAUUGGGAUACAUGCCUCUACCGGAAUCUCGCGCAGAACUCUCUCACAAUNUUCCCCAGGAACCGUAUCACUUCGUGGAUAGACGGACCGUCAGACCGUUGAAUGGAAGAAACCUGAGCCUGCGCACCAUGACGAAUACCGCCUCCAUGCCCGAGUACGCCUUCCUUGAGCGCGCCAACACGGAUUUACCGUCUCAAAGAGCGCAUUCGGUACAUUCUGCAGGAGCCGUUUCGUUGUCCAUGUAUCCUCCACGACGUCCCGAAGACAUGACGGAGGAGGCAGUAUCACCACCUAGGAACGAUCGACUUCUCCCAUCGUUCCAUCAAUUGAGCAAGAUCGCCGAUAGUGGAACGGAAGCAAGCGACAUGAAGACCACCGGACUGCCGGCUCUCACCGCAUAUGCCAGUCAAGUCAUUGCACAGACCGUGACAACUUCCCACCCACACUUUCCGCCAUCACAGCAAUCCAGCCCUUCAACCAAUUUCAUGUUGCUUGGUCACGCGUCACCUACCAACACCCGUGCCGAUGGUCACGAAACGUAUGCGCCUUCACACUCGCCAGCUUCAUUCUCCAUUGCCAACAGCAACAACCCCGGGCGCAAGUCGACUCAACAUGCCGUCAGACCUCCACCCUUUGUCCCCUCCAUGACUUCGUCAUCUAUGGGCACUGGAUCCUCUACGGACACUAUGAGCACUUUUCAGAGCCACCAAAGCUCCGAAGCUGGAGGACACAGUACCGCUCACACAACCCCUAUGGAGUCUACUCCGUCCUCCUUCGAUGACACACCAAGAUCUUCAGUGCCUCAUUUACAAACAUCGACGUCGGCACCUGGAGGCUUCGUUUGCGACCAUCCGGGCUGCGCUGCUCCACCUUUCCAAACUCAAUAUCUCCUCAACUCGCAUGCGAACGUGCACAGUUCGAGUCGUCCACACUAUUGUCCUGUCAAAGGGUGUUCUAGAGGCGAGGGAGGCAAAGGAUUCAAGCGCAAGAAUGAGAUGAUCCGGCACGGGCUAGUCCACGACAGCCCUGGUUACGUGUGCCCCUUCUGUCCCCUCCGGGAACACAGAUAUCCCCGUCCGGACAAUCUUCAGAGGUGUGUUGAACUGAUCUUUUUAUUCAAGGUCUUGACUAACAAGUUUCACCCUAGACAUGUUCGUGUCCACCAUGUGGAUAAGAAUAAGGACGAUCCUUUGCUUCGAGAAGUUCUGGCCCAACGACCUGAAGGUGGUGUCCGAGGACGCCGCCGGCGUGCAGGCCCCGCU